CGUCAACCAGCUCGAGUCGCACGAAGAACAAUCGAUUCACGCCGGCAGUUAAAGAUUUUAGUUUCGGUGAGUUUCCCAGAAAUGUUCUCUGGGCUUUGAUCAUCUUUAUCCACCUAUAUAUUUUCAUCCCCUCUGCUGCCACGUCCAGAGCUUAACACUCGUCAAUCCCUAGAAAUUUCGGUCCUCGUAAUUUGCAAAAUCUAGGGUUUCGGUUGCGGCAUUUCGCCUGCUAUGGACCUUCCGUUGCUGAGGAAGGGUUUAAAUUUCUCUCGGCGAAACAAGAACUGGCUUAUUUUACUUGCUGUUUUUGGGGCCUCCGGCUAUGGAGCUUACAGGGUCUAUCACUUGCCCUCUGUUUCGAGGAGGAGGAAACGGUUUAUGAAGCUCUUGGGAGCCCUCAUUUCUCUUGCUGAAAUGGUUUCCGAUUCUGCUGACACGAUUGGCAUUGUCUCCAGGGACAUGAAGGAAUACUUGAGUUCUGAUUCCAAUGAAAUUCCUAAUAGUUUGAAGCAAAUUUCGAAAAUUGCAAGGUCGGAGGAGUUCUCUGCAUCAUUGUCUAGAGUUACAGAGGCAUUACUUGCUGGGAUUCUGCGUGGAUAUGAAUCCCACAAGAGAAAUGAUCCUAACUCGGAGAUGGCUUCGGCCACUUCCAACUUUUCAGAUAGGGCAUUGGAAAGACUUUUCUCCAAGGCUGGAACUGGUUUUGUCUCUGUUGUCGUAGGUAGCUUUGCGCGGAAUCUGGUUUCGGGCUUUUACUCUAAUGGUGGAUCGAUCGAUAACUACAAUGAAGGGGCUUUGUCGAAGUCGUCGGAUGUACCUGCAUGGUUUAAUGUGAUUUGCAAUGACAAAUGUAGACAGGUGCUAGGAGAUUGCGUACAAAUCUUUGUAAGCACUGCGGUUGCCGUUUUUCUUGACAAAACAAUGGAUGUCAAUACUUAUGAUGAAUUUUUCACUGGACUGACCAAUCCGAAGCACCAGGACAAGGUCAGGGACAUUCUGGUUUCUCUAUGUAACGGUGCUGUGGAAACAUUUGUUAGAACAUUUCACGAAGUAUUGACAAAUCCAAGUGUAAAUUCAAAUCCAUGUUCGUCCUCGUCUUCAGUUGUUCAUGUGAAUGAAUAUCCGGCUGCAACAGAGGACGGAUGCUUGAAGCGAGAAGAAUAUUUUCAGCAAAUUAGACUUGGAAGCUCUAUUAACGGAGUUCAGGAUAAUACUUGGCUUGAACAAAUCUCAUCAACGCUAUUAGUACCAGCGAACCGAAAAUUUAUGCUUGAUGUGACAGGGAGAGUGACAUUCGAAACGGUUAGAUCGUUCAUGGAGUUUCUGUUAUGGAGGAUAACAGAUUGCACGAAAAGAAGUCUGAGUAAAGUUCAUGACGAGACCGUUGGCAAAGGAUUGGCGCUUGUCAGAUAUGUUGGCGCCAAAUCAUCCGUUAUUCUUACAAUGUGUCUUGCAAUGUAUUUACAUAUUCUUGGUGGUAGUAGGAUUGCCGUACCUGCCUAGUUUGAUGAUUAUUUCAAACCCAUAAAGCAUAGUACUUUUAGAACCUAGGGACAGCAAAAAUUUGAUGUUAAACGCCUAUAUUCUUUCCAAGUAUUAUAAAUAGAGUUAAUAUGGUGUCAAAAAGAUUGGCUAUAAUGUUUAGCUGUCUUCUUUACCAUACUAAAAAUCUGAAAUGGUUUGGUGCUCCUAAUGUUUAACCUGAUGCAUGUAUGCAACAAUUAUUUGUUGAAUUCAAUGUCUAUUUGUACAAAAGUGCCAAUCUCUAUAACGUGUUCAGGGAAGACAAAAGAUAACUAAGCAAGCAGCCCUAUAGUUGUAAGUUUAUUGACAAUCCAUGUUAUAGCUCUGUAUAUAAAAUGGUUGUAUUACCCUACAGAAGUUUAUGAACGCAAGUCAACCAAUUUUACCUUGCCUCCUGAUAUUUCCUUUCUUUGUUUUUUUCCCCUCCAGUCAUACAGCUUAGGGAACGAUUGAUUAUGUGGCUUUUCUUUCUCUUAGUUUUGGAUUCCCUAACACUGUUUAUUGUAUGUAAGUGCCAAGUGGCGACUCUUCCUAUAUGUUGCAUCUUUGAAGAGUUUGCCUCUCUCUCAGGUUUGAGAAUGAAUCCAUUCUUUCUGUUGGCUGUUCGUGGUUUUAUACAAAUAGACAGAACUUCCAUUCCAAUAACUUUCACCGAGAAUUCCUUCACCUUAUGAUUCUCUGUAUGCACAGAUAUGUGUGGUUCACUGUGCAAAACAUAGUCCUGUGGUUACUGAAUACAAUGUUAGCGGAAAAACAUGUGCACCUGAAGGCACAAUCUUUGACAACUUGGGAAUACAGGUGAUAUUUUUUAUGAUUUUCAGAUUAUAGCAUUCUUGCACGAGCAGAACACCCGCCUAAAUUCUCAAAGACAUCUCACUAGCUAAUUUGAAGGAAAGGGAUCAAGGGACCCUGAGGCCAUCCCUAAAAUCUAUGCAUCUGAGGAUACUUUGGUACCAUUUGGUACGAAGCAUUGAAAAUGAGGGACUGGAAUUGGGAUUAAAAUUGAGAAAAUAGUGUUUAACAUGAGAGAUUGUUUAUUACAUGAGAUUAGACAAACCUAUGUGGGAUUGGGGAAUACUAUGGGAGGAAGUGGUAAUCCCCAAUCCUACUUUCAUGAGUUUGCUUAAUGUCAUGUAAAAGUAACUAAUCAUACUAAAGACUUUUUUAAUGAUUUUUCUCAAGUGCAAUCCUAAUGCCUAUCUCUCAUUUUCAAUAGUUCAUACUAUACGGGGCCUUUAAGUUAAGGAUGUUAUUUUUUUCCCUUUACGUAGACAUUUAAUGCUUCUGUACUCUGUAAGUUUUGCAUCAUGACUAUCUGCUUUGGAAAAAAGCAUUUUUUUUGAAACGUUCAAGUAUGUAAUACUUGGGAAAACGUGGAUUUGAGCCAGAAAUUUAAAGACUGAUGGCCGUAGAUUUAAAAUGAUGAGUAGAAGGCUUGGAUGGCCUUUGUUUCAGACAAGUAAUGGAUAUAGCAUCAUAACUUUUUUUCCACUGUAUAAUAAUAUAAUCAAUAUUGGCAUGGGCAUUAAGUCCUUUUGUAUUGGCGGUGCAACUUUGUAGCAUUCAAUUGUUUUACAGCUUCUUGUACUGGCUCGAUUGCCAUGUCUUCUUGACACAGCAAUGUGUUCUGCCCUUUGCAAUGAGUCCACCCUGUAGUAUAAGGAUGAUAAAGGGAAGUGCGAAAAAAUUGGAAUGUCAACUGAAGUGACACUUCAUGUCCUGGCAGAAAAAGUUGGUAUUUUUAACAUUUUUUUGUGACUCCUCUUUAUGGCAAUAUUAUGCUAAAGUUAUGCUUCAGCAUGCUGGUCAAUUUUGCUGUUUCAUUAAUGUUCUUCUGUCAACAUAGCAGUGUACUCAUACACCUUUAAGGAGAUCAUGGACGUAAAGAAUACCUCAUAUCUACUAUUCGUUAUUUUGUCAAUUUCCAUGCUUUUGACGAUCUGCAGAUAGAUCUGUUGGAUUUUUCUCGAGAUCGGAAAAUGAUGAGUGUCUUUUGCAACCGAAAUCAGCUUCAUGUGUUGUUCUCCAAGGAUGCUCCAGAGGGUAUCCUGUCUAGAUGUACAGCUAUCAUGUGCUAUGAUGAUGGUUCCAUUGCGAUACUUACUGCCAAUAUUCGAGCUGAGCUAGACUCAAGGUUCCACAGCAGCAAACACCUCAAAGGGGGAAGAACAAAGUGAUCGGAGUAAUAAAGGUGGUGGCUGUUUGAAGCAAUGUUUUGCUAUUCUAUAUAUGUAUUUCCUUACUUGUUUUGGUGCUGUGCGCGUACAAGUUAUUAUAAUAAUCCGAGGAUUUAUGAAAAGGUUUCAAGUUUUU